AUGUAUUGUAUUGCGGACGUUUGUAUCUAUCCUGUUGGGACCAAUGAAGUCAGCGGAUCGUUAUUUAUUGCGGGUAUAGAAAAGAAGAUACAAGAAAGCUCUUUAAAAAGUACACUUCAUAGUGCAGGAACUACCAUUGAAGGCCCAUGGGAGGAAGUGACAAGUCUCAUUGGUGAACUGCAUGAAUACUCUCAUUCGCAAGGUAUUAUGAGGGUUCAUUCAGAUAUAAGAAUAGGAACUCGUACCGAUAAAGAACAAACAGCACGUGACAAAGUGGACGUUGUGCUAAGAAAGCUGCAACAAUUAGAUGAAUAA